AUGCGCCCUCGCCGAUUCCUCCAGACAUUGUUCUUUUCACUGUUAUCAAUAUCCGCCGGUGCGAUCACUCCUGACUCUGCUACUGAAGAUGGAGCGAUUCCGGGGGGCUCAGAAGAGUACACCACAUUCAAUAAUAAGCGUAUACCACCGGUGACUGGUUUGAAGGGUGCGACCUUUGACCAAGACGUGAAGGACGGAUACUGGCUGGUGGAAUUCUUCAGUCCUUACUGCCAUCACUGCAAAUCAUUUGCGCCGACCUGGCAAACCCUCUAUGAGUUCUAUCAAAGUUCCGAUCCUUUACCGCAAACGCCGGGCUCGGGGGAGAGCCAUAACGACCUCAAUUCGUUUACACGAUUCUACAAUUUCAAAUUCGCGAAAGUCGACUGCGUCGCAGAUGGAGACAUUUGCGCAGCCCAGUCGAUACAAAGCUACCCAUCAAUCGUCCUGUACAAAGAUGGCAAGGUCGUGGACCGAAAGGUGGGUGCGCAGGAGAUGAAAGACAUGGUUGACUGGGUAGAGGCAACACUAGAGACCUCUCGCCCCGGUUCAAGACUUCCUGGGGGCCCAAAGGUCAUCCCCAGACCUGGCGAUAAGGCAGUGAGCGGAUCAGGCGCCGACGUGCUGGGGGCUAACGGACAAGGCGUUUUAUCAACAGCCAAGUCGUCUCUCGUUGGCUCUCGAGUCGGGGUCUCAACUAGCACGAAACCCAAUCCACUGGGUAAGUCCGUGGAAUUGACGCCCGGGACUUUCCAGGAACUUGUCACCGAUACACGGGACCCGUGGUUCGUCAAAUUCUACGCUCCGUGGUGCCAUCAUUGCCAGGAUCUUGCCCCCAAUUGGCAGGGAAUGGCGCGAAAGAUGGAACGACAAUUGAACAUUGGCGAGGUGAACUGUGAGCUGCAUAAGAAAUUGUGCAAGGAUCUCAAAGUUCAGGGCUACCCGACCAUACUGUUCUUCCGCGAGGGAGAGCGCGUCGAAUACGAUGGUCUUCGAGGCUUAGGCGAUCUCAUCAACUACGCAUCGAAAGCUGUGGCGAUCGGGCGGGGCAUAGCUGAUGUUACAGCUUCAUCGUUCGAAGAAUUGGAGAAGAAGGAAGAGGUGGUCUUCCUUUAUUUCUACGACGACGCAACAACGAGCGAGGACCUUGCUGCUCUCGAUCGAAUGGCUUUGAGUCUGAUCUCACACGCCAAAAUUGUCAAGACAACCGAUCCGGCUCUUUUCAAGCGCUUCAAAAUCAGCACGUGGCCACGCCUGCUAGUGAGCAGAGAUGGCAAAGCCACGUACUACCCUCCGAUAUCGCCUCGGGAGAUGCGAGAUGUGAACAGAGUGCUCCACUGGAUGCGAUCGGUCUGGCUCCCAAUCGUUCCUGAACUGACCGCUUCCAACGCGAAGGAGAUCAUGCAUGGCAAGCUGGUUGUUCUUGGCAUAUUGUCCCGAGACAGCCCGGAUUUCGCCGUGUACAAGAAAGAAAUCAAGAACGCUGCUCUGGAGUGGAUUGACAAGCAAUCACAGGCCUUUCAGCUCGAAAGACAGGAGCUCCGUGACGCAAAGCAGCUGCGCAUCGAGGAGGCCGAAGAUCGCAACGACCAGCGCGCUCUCCGCGCGGCCAAAAGCAUUCGCAUCAACAUGGACGACAUCGAACGUAAGGAAGUCGGCUUUGCCUGGGUUGAUGGCCAAUUCUGGGAGCGAUGGGUCAAGACUACUUUUGGCAUUCGAGUUGUCGAGGGCGAAAGGGUCGUCAUCAAUGAUCAGGACAACCAUCGGUACUGGGAGAACACGAUGACCGGCAAUCCAAUCGUGCCAAGCAGAACCAGCAUCAUCGAGACUCUGCCUCGAGUCGUCGCGAAUCCACCUAAGAUACCGUACAAACGGACAAUGACGAUCCUGGGCCAUGUUUGGUGGGUCAUCGAGACUCAGGUCCACGAACACCCGCUAGUCACCGUGUUCUUCACGCUUUUUUUCUUGGUUGGAUUCGCAUUGUGGUCAAGGAAAUACCUGAAGGUUGCUCACGGCGGUUUCGUCAGCCUGGGCGAGAAGAGCGGCAUGGACGGCCUAUUAGGCAACACUGCGGGCGGCAAGGUCGAUUAAACAAUUGAUCGGGUCCCCCAUCGUUGGAGAGCUGUCAUCUUUGCGGGCGUUCAUGUCUUGGGGCGA